GCUGGGCUUCCGUAUAGCAGCUGCUGUUGUUGACAUUUUUUUUGCUUCUAUUCUUUGAUUAUCUUGACAGUUCCCCCCACAACAAACCGCGAGCAUGUCUGGAACCCCACGAAACAAACCACUGACAAUUCACGCAGUUUUAGAAUUACAUCAGCUGCACUGACAUGAAUGUUAUAUUCUAAAACGUCAUAGGAAACUGUAGUAGCUAGGUUGUCUUCUCGAGCUACAGCGGUUAGCUCGUCAGCUAACAGGUUAUACCAGCCGUUGUUAAAGUGACACGAUGGAAGGCAUUCUCUACAAAUGGACGAAUUAUAUGACGGGCUGGCAGCCACGGUGGUUUGUCUUAGAGAAUGGAGUCAUCUCUUAUUACGACUGCGAGGAUGAUGUCGGUAAAGGAAGCAAAGGAUCCAUCAAGAUGUCAGUGUGUGACAUUAAAGUUCAUCCAACAGAUCCUACACGUCUGGAAUUGAUAAUCCCCGGUGAGCAGCAUUUCUAUGUCAAAGCAGUGAAUGCAGCAGAGAGACAAAGGUGGCUGGUGGCUUUAGGUUCAUCCAAAGCUGGAUCGCUGGACAUUUACAAGCACAAAGGUCCAGAUUGUCUGAAGACAAAGAUGUCUGAGCUGCGUCUGUACUGUGACCUCCUCGUCCAGCAGGUCCAAACGAUCCAAUCACAGUACAGCACUGACUCCGAGGCCACGUCCCCCUCUGAGGCAUCUCUCCUCAGUGCGACAUGUGCAACUUUUAUCAGGACAUUAGAAGAGUGUAUGACCCUGGCUAACCACAGUUUGAUGCCUGAACUCCGACCUCCUGAAAAGAUGAAGAGGUCAGUCAGUCACCCUGGGACGUAUAGCUUCGACAGGUCAGGUGUGCUAAAGGAGUACGUGAGGUCAACCGGGCGCAGGAACCGGACGUGCUCCGACAGCUCUGUUUAUGACACUGAACGUGUGCAGUCCACUCUUCACAGUGACCCGACCUCCAUUCCUGAGGAGAGAGGAGCAGGUUGCAGUCCAAAGAACACACCCACUGACACAGACACUGACUUGUCCAUCUGAAAAAAACAGCUCACAUCCAACAAACCAAACCCUGCGAGAACAAGAUGUCAUCUUCAAGUUAAGGAUGAGCUGAUUUCAUGGGCAGUCCCUUUUUCCCUCACCUGAACUUUGUAACUGUGAGCAGAAGCCUAACAGCAAUGAUUGAGUGAUAUACAAAUGCAGUAACAUUUACUGCAGUUAAGCCCAGGGUCCAUCUGUUUGACUUUGUUAGUGGAGAUUAUAAACAGAUUACAAACAUGUGAAUAGCUAAGAAUUGUAGUUUUCCUGACGCCCUUGCUGGCGUCAUCUGAGAUAUGAACAUGUGCCACAAAAGCGUCCUUUUCUGCCUUUAUAUUCAAAAACGUACCAGAGCGUUUCCUCUGUAACUUUGUCUUCGCUCUUCUUCUGGACGUCCAUAGUUGUGCUGAUGCAGUGAAAGCAAAGGAAACACGGGAACUUUUAACGCUCUUCCUGCCAGUGAGAGUGUAGCUGAGGACUGUGCAACUGCAGCGUUGCAGUUAACAGGUGCCAAUGAUCUACAUUAAAUGUGCCAUUGUUCUUUUUCUCCCAGCAGACCGCCGUCAUCAUGGCAUGGUCAUGCUCAGCCAGAAAAGCGUCACAUAGAGAGAGACGUUCUAGCGUCUUCUUUUUUGUGUCGUUUGAAGGUUUUUACAUGCACUCCAAAGACGAGUCAAAGUGAAUGAAUUGCUGUGAAUGUGUGCAAGUUGCUGCCUUUGAAUGUUUCUUCAGUGUUAACUUGCCUUCUGCUGGUGAAUUCCUUUCAUCCAUGAGUUAUGAAGGACGGUGGCUGUGGAAGCUCAACACACUGCACUUUAAGAAAUGAAAAUGAGUGACACUUUACAAUUGCCAAUUUGUUAACACAACUUAUCAUAUAAAGCACUGACAUUAACUGCAUGUCAGUUUUCAGUGUCGCCCGUCCUAAUUCCCACUACACAACAUUUAAUACAAAUAAGUGAGUCACAAACCUGUUACAGCUAACCUUACCUGUCUUCUAUGAGUUUGGAUUAGUCGUCAGACUCAGAAAUUGGUCAUGAAUCGGCAGCAUUUUUUUAUAUGUGAUUGUUUUGUGGAAACUUAACACGGUUGUGUUGUAUUGUGUUGCCUGUAUUUUCCCGUCAUGCAGUGCACUGAGCUCUCUGCAUUAACACACACUGUCUGAUUGAUUGAUUGAGUGAUUGAUUGAUUGGCAGAAGCCGAUACCUUCUGCCCUCAUUAUUUUCUUGUGUCAGUCUCUGCCUGAGAGCUGUGACUUCCCUCUGCCAAAGCAAACAACCCGUCUGUGCUACAACUGCCUCUCCUCUUAUGUGAUGAAUCGCUGCUACACUGGGCAAAUAAAUGAGAAUUAUAUUAA